AUGCAGCAUUACCUCUCCUCCCUUCUGGGCGCUUUACCUCUAGUGGCCUCCCACGGCCUCAAUCGACUUCGGAUAGAGGACAUAGGGUCGGCGCAGAAUAACUGGGCGCACAACACUGGCAUUGUGUCGACGUUCUUGUUCAAUGCGGCCACGUUUGCAGGUGGCAACCUUGCCGCUCAAGUCCAAUUAUCCCCCAAUGCCAAAAAGACGAGCUCAAUCAAUCACAACGCCGCCCUCGAUGCUGUUUUCCUCAAUGUCGCCAGCCCCAAUGCUCUUGUCGUUCAGGCGAAUGAUGUUCUGUUCGGCGAACAAAUGUUCAACAACGUCGUGAUCAGCCUGUAG